CUCCAAUCUGAGUAGUUCACUUCUCAGGAGCCUUAGAAUACAUCAUAGUAUUACAAUUUAGAAGAACCAGGCAUGAUUCUUCUUACAGUGCUUUUCCCAUGCAUCAUUUCCACAUACUCAGCUUCUGUAAAAGGUCAUAAUACUGGUCCACGGAUAAACAAUGAGAAAACAUAUAAAUUUGCCUAUACCACUGAAGUGCUUAUUGACAGGCUGAAAGGGACACCCCAGGACAGUGCGGGCUACCGGAUUUCAUCUGGAGUGGAUGUCAACUUAGUAUGGCGAAAUCCCAACAAUGAUGAUGAUCAGCUCCUCAAAAUUGCGAUAACAGAUGUCACAGUUGAAAAUCUGUAUGAGCGUCCUGCAAAUAAAAACAUGUUUAAAGGAAAAAAUGCAGAUAAUAUAAUUGAAAAGGAAUAUCUGGCAGCUUUAAAAAGACCCGUAGUUCUCCAUUGGACCCUUGGAAAGGUUAAGAACUUCUACUCCUUUGCAAAUGAACCUGUUGUUAUUCAGAAUAUCAAGAGAGGCCUGGCUAGUUUGUUUCAGAUACAGAUGAAUUCCGGGACUGCCAGUGAGGUGGAUAUUUGUGGGAGAUGCAAUGUUACCUACCAGGCUCGACAAAAUCAAGUCACUAAAAUUAGAGCCAUGAACUCUUGCAAGCUAGAACGGUCAGGUUUUACCAGCCAUCAUUGGCUCUUAGAUGUCAGCAAAAAAUCCACAUCUGCCACAAUUUAUGUACUUGAGGACACUUUUAUUAAAUCUGUACGGGCAGAAGAAAACCACAUCUUGAGCCUGAAUAUUCGUCGAGCAACUGAUGCAAAAGUAGUUUCAAAGCAGAAAUUGGAACUGAAGUCAACGGAAGCUGGUCCAAGGCCAAUGGCUGGGAAGCAAGUUGCCAGCAUCGUCAAGUCUCUGGAUUCAAAUUAUGUAGCAAUUUCAUUGGUGGCAGAGCCAGUCACAGAUGACUGCAAAAGUUGUCCCUCACUUUCUCAGCACUGGGAGAUCAUCCGAAAGCAAUUGGAGCCAGAAAACCUUUCCAAAGUUGAUGCUGUGAGAGGGUUUUUGUCCUUUAUUCAAAACCUGAGGAAAGCCACAAAAGAAGAUAUCCUUCAGAUACUGAGGACUGAAAGCCGUGUAGAAGUGCUUCCCCAGCUUGUUGAUGCCGUAACCUCUGCACAGACUUCAGCCUCUCUGGAGGCCAUGCUAGCUUUUCUGGAUUUCAAGAACCAGAGUGGCUCUGUCCUUCAGGAACGGUUUCUCUAUGCCUGUGGAUUUGCCUCUCACCCCAACGAGUUACUGCUCAGAUCCUUAAUAAAUACUUAUAAGAGUCAGAUUGGCAACAGCGAAAUCCGAGAAACGGUUGUCAUCAUCACUGGGGCACUCAUCAGAAAGCUGUGUGACAAGGGAGGCUGCAAACUGCCCGCUGUCUUAGAAGCCAAGAAGCUGAUCUUGGGAGGCUUGAAGAGGGCAGAGAAGGCCAACGAUGUGAAGACCUACCUUCUGGCUCUGAACAAUGCUCUUCUGCCAGAAGCGAUUCCAGAGCUUCUGAAAUACGCGGAGUCAGGAGAAGGACCUGUCAGCAAUGCAGCGCUUACUGCUCUAAAAAGAUAUGAACACUCUUUCAUCACCAGUGAGGUGAGGAAAGCAAUGAACAGAAUUUAUCACCAGAAUCGCAGAGUUCAUGAGAAGAGUGUACGCACCACUGCAGCUGCCAUUAUCCUCAACAGCAAUCCUUCCUACAUGGAAGUCAAAAACCUCCUGCUGUCCAUUGGAGAGCUGCCAUUGGAAAUGAAUAAGUACAUGCUUUCACUAGUCCAGGACAUUCUACAUUUCCAAAUGCCUGCCAGCAAAGUGAUUCGUGAAGCUCUGAAGGAUAUAUUCAUUCACAACUAUGACCGAUUUUCGAAGAUGGGUUCUUCCUCAGCCUUCUCUGGGUACAUAAUGCGUACCCCAGAUGUGUCAAGUACCUAUAGCCUUGACAUACUCUACUCUGGCUCUGGCAUCUUAAGAAAAAGUAAUUUGGACAUCUUUGUUUUCAGUAAAUAUGCUACGUUUCAUGGCAAUCAGGUAGUGAUUGAAGCCCAAGGUCUGGAAUCUCUUAUAGCUGCAUCUGCGGAUGAAGGUGAAGAAAAUCUGGAGUCCUUUGCUGGCUUGUCAGCCAUCCUGCUUGAUGUUCAGCUCAGGCCUGUCACCUUUUUCCAAGGGUAUGGAGAUUUAAUGUCCAAGGUGUUCUCAGCCACUGGAGAACCCAUGAAUGUGGUGAAAGGACUUAUCCUUCUGAUGGAUUACUCGCAGGUUAUCCAGCUACAGUCAGGGCUGACGUGCAGUACUGAGUUCCAGGGAGGCUUCGCCAUUGAUGUUUCAGGAGGAAUGGAAUUCAGUCUUUGGUACAGAGAAUCAAAUACCAAUGUUAAAAUCCGAGGAACUACAGUGAUAACUGGCAACAUAGUUGUGGACUCCUCCUUUGUGAAGGCUGGCAUGGAAACCAGUAUUGAAAUUGAAGCAGCACUGGAUUUCAUCUCCACAGUGCAGUUUUCACAGUAUCCGUUUUUAGUUUGCCUGCGGAUGGACAACUAUGAAACUCCAUUCAGGCAGUACAUAAUGAAAUAUGAAAGCCUACCAUCUGGAAAACAUUAUGUCUCCCGGAAAGGAAAAGUUAUGCUACUUGAGGGUUCUGAAUACCCCCUCCACCAAGAGAACUCCAAUAUGUGCAGGAAAGUUUUUGCCGAUCAGUCUGACUCCUCAGAAAGCUGGUUUUGAAAUAGGCUCUUGGUCUUCCCUUUUACCAAAAUCAUGGUGGAUGUAGGCAUUCACGUACUGUUCUAGCUUAGAGCCCGAAUCGGCAACGCUCGGGUUCAUGAGAACUUUGCUAUCAACUUUGAGAGGCCUAGAAUUGAGCCUUGAGUGUGUGCACUGUGUUUACAUAUUUACAAAUAUUUAAGUGAAUUUGUUUUGUAACAAGCAGAGUAAAAAAUACAGCUGGAUGCAUUUCCAGGCACUCAUUGAGGGCCAAACUAGAGGUAAUGUGGGAGGCCCAUCUUUGGAUUAUCCAAUGUCUUUUUCUUUGGUUGAGAGCAGCUUCGGGCAUUGGAUCGGGGUCAUUGGGCUGGGGGAGAGAGGAAGUUUAAUCUAUCCCCCCUGCACCACUUCCCCAAAUUAAAUCAUACACACCCUAAAUUGCUAUUUGCAGUGGAUGGGGGCGGGGGGAGGCAAGCACUCUUUUUGUACCUGUUCUUUCCUUCCUUCUGCAGCUUACAGCAGCUUCAAGAUUUUAUAGCAGUAACUGGAUUCAGGGUAAUAGCAUGGCAAAAGGGUGAACCCUCACUCAUAGCCUAAUCCAAAACGACCCUUUCUCUCUGCUGCUGUUUUUAACCAUGUGAAAAGACUUUGGAAGAUCUAGUCACAGUUCUGUCAUAUCACGUAUAGUGUGGCUCUAAGAGCAGCAAUAUUUUAAAAUUAACACUGCAAACAUACAUUGUUCCUUAAAACUUGGAAUACAGAACUCCAAGGUUCUGAUAGAUGGGCUUGAAAAUUACACAGUAAAAUAAUGAUUAUUUAUACAUAUAUUUAGACUGCCUUUCUCAGCUGCCUUACUCCAUAUCGACCCACUGUUGGGGGUUUAUGGCUUUAGAAGCUCCGCCCCCCGCCUUCUUUUUAAAGUGAAUGCUGCAUGAUCAAAACAUGCAGAAGUAUGUCCUAAGCUGACUCAAAGGAUCUUUUAUGAAAUCCAAGCAGAAAAGUAUUUUGUGCAAACCUAUUGAAAUGAAGAAUUGUGCUAUGUUCUUCUAAAACUCCCAUUCAUCUUAGCGGGCUUGAGGGUUAGAUAUUGCCUGUUUCUUGUAAAUAUUUGCUUCUCUCAUGCAUGCUGUUGCAUGUUCUGUUUCACUGGAAUCUAAAAACCCCUCAGAGCUACGUUAGUAUAUAAGGAACAUAUAUUGAUUAACGCAUACAAUAUGAGAAUAGUAAAAAUGGAAUUUUUGCUGGCUGACAUGAUGCACAGCCUAACACUGGCAUUUGCUGUAGCCCACCCGGGCUGCUGCACGCACAAAAUCUAGCCCCAGCACAGUUGCACAGAAUGGGAAAUGCAUGCUUGCCAUCUAUGGAGCUUCCCUUGCACACGUGUAAAUGCACAUUUCUGAGUUGUUGCGCAACUGUGCCGGAGCUAGAUUUUUACGUGCACCCUGGUAGAAGGGAAACACUGGCAUAAGGCUACAUAUCAAGUCACCAUCUUGUGCAUUGUAAGUAUUCAUAAAUACAUUUUUUGUGUUACACUAGCUCUGGGGGUUUUUGGAUAAAGGUUUGCAUGGUAGGCUAAUGUUCCUUUUGUUUAUUUUGGGGUUGUUAAAAUCAGAAACCAGUUCUCUGUUUUGAAGGAUUUUUGCCAACAACUCCUGUGCUCAUGAAUUAUUAUUUAUUUGUGUGAACAAUUGUUAGACAAAUCUGAUUUUGGGGAGGGAAACGUUCAAAACAUGAUUGUUGCUCCUCUGCAAGCUGAUUUCUGGUCUCUGUGGAAACAGACAUAGUCCAUACUGGUAUCUUUAAAAGUCUUAUCCUGAUGUGUUUUAUACAUCACAGAACUGAGCCAGACGAUCGGGAAACUUCAGAACUAAAACUAGCCAUUCACCUUG